AACAACGGACAAUGUUGAGAUAUUCAAAACCAAUUGCCAGUCGUAUUGGGGCAGUAAGAAGCAUAUAUACCACUGUCUUGGAAUCUGAUAUUAAUAUCACCAAGAACGGGAAGGUUAAUCUCUCAGUUGGUACUGGUGGAAGAUCAUCCCGUAACGGAUACACUGUCACUGUUUUCGGUGCUGCUGGAUUCUUGGGAAGAUAUGUUACUUCAAAAUUAGCCAGACAUGGUACUACUACUGUUGUUCCAUUCAGAAAUGAUAUGAAAAAGAGAUUUUUAAAAGUGCAAGGUGAUUUAGGAGUAGUUAACUUUGUUGAAUUUGACUCCCGUAACUUGCAAUCUGUUCAAGAUUCCGUGGCUCAUUCCGACGUUGUCAUCAACUGUAUUGGAGCUGACUACAACACCAAGAAUUUCAGUAUGGCUGAUGUUAACAUAGCUAUUGCUGAAAGAAUCACCCAAGCUACCAAAGACGCAAAUGUUCCACGUUUGAUUCACGUUUCUUCAUAUAAUGCCAACCCUAAAUCUGAAUCCGUAUUCUAUGCCACCAAGGGUAUCGGUGAACAAGUUGUCAAAUCUAUUUACCCAGAAGCCACAAUUGUAAGACCAGCACCAAUGUAUGGUCGUGAAGAUAAUUUAUUGAACUAUUUAGGUCCUAAGAUAAAAAUGUGGACUCCAAACCGUAAUGCUAAGUUGGUUUACCCAACUCAUGUAUUGGAUGUUGCUCGUGGUAUUGAAGCCAUGACAUUUGAUGAUUCCACCGCCGGUAAAACUUUUGAGUUAUACCACCCAGAACAACUUUCCUUUGCUGAAAUCAGACAAUUAAUCCAUGGAAUAACCGAAGAUUAUUCUGAAGUUGGUCCAUACACCUAUAGAUUUGGAGACCAUGUAAUUCCACUUCAAUUGGCCAAGUUCAUUGCUGAGUUGAAGCAAGUUGUAUUUUGGAAACAAACUAACCCAGAUCAAAUUCAAAGACAUUUGAUUGACCAACAAAUUGAUUUCUCAGCCAAAACUUUUGCUGACUUGGGUAUUCACGAUACUACCGUUUUGGCCGAUGUUAUCUUCUCAUAUGUUAAGCAAUGGAGACAUCCAUUGAUUUCCGAAAAGGGUGCCCCAACACCAAAGGAAUUGGCUAAGUUGAGAGAAUAUGAAUCACCAAUUACUCCAUAGGACUUGGGAUGUUAUGUAUUUAUUCGAUUGACUUAGUUUUUCUAUAUUUUUUUGCAUUUAGUUGUAUAUCAAGAUUUUUCUUUUCAUUUUUCAGUAAGAAAAGUAAUUCAAAAGAACCAUGUUAAUAUCAAUUGUAUGUAGAGUAGCAUAUGACAAUUAAGUCAUUGCAGUCAUCAUUCUUACAC